GGCGUUUUGGUGGCAGCGCUCGUGCAGCAGGCGGACACACGUCGAGAAGACUGAGAGACUCGGAGUCGGUGACGCUGAGCUGCACGACAACGAGCCUCCUCCUCAUCCUGCUCUCCUCUAACCACCACACACACACACACACACACACACACACACACACACACACUCCUCCGAUCUGUGUCCGUGUGCGAGCUGCGAGAGAAGCUUCUCUGCGUCCUCCGUCAUGAACUCUGGAAGGCGCUGAGCCCGGAAACAGAAGAGAUGCUGAUGUCUGGGACGCUCCAUCGCCUCCUCCUCCUCCUCCUCCUCCUCCUGGCCUGGACCUGUCUGCUCUCCGUCUACGGAACCCCAGUCCGCCUCCUGGACCUCGCCCCCACGCAGGACUGUGACGGGCCGUGUGCCAGCGCGGUAACGACUGUUGGGUCAACGCUCAGCACAGAUGUAAAGUUUGAACCCUCAGAGACGGAACAUGUGGUAUUGGAUGUAGGUGGAGGAGGAGGAGGAGGAGGGCCUGAGGGGACAGCUCCAGUGACGCAGACAGAAAACGGGGACAGCCUUGAUGGGAGAUCUGGGCCGAGCGAGGCGGGCGGAGAGGCACGCAGCCAGAGGAGCGAGGUAACGAAGGUCGGAGGCACAUCUGAGAUGGGAGAUGCUCACAGACAGUCGGAGGCUGCUUCAGAGCUGCCUGUUGAUCCAGACGGUGAGAAGGAGCCUACAGGUGGGAGGAAGCAGUUGGAUGUAGCUGUCGGCACCACGAGGUCGCCUCCGGAUGGAUUUGCACAGCUGAGCAUCACAGCCAGGGACAGCAGGGACCCAGGUGGGGAGGACGGGACAAGACUACCUGGUUAUGGUGCUUCUCUCCAAGGGACAAGCUUACAGUCCUCUACAGAACCCGGAGAACCGAUCCAGAAACUGACCUCCCACAGCCCCAUCCCUCCCUUGGUCUUCCUCUCCCCUCGGACCUCGACGCCUCUGUCAGUCUGGAGCCACGAUGGAGCUACAACAUCCUCCCUCCCAGAACCCCUGUUGCCUGAGAUCGGACCGAACCUGAUGCCCAGAGAGGACGGGCCGGAAAGCCUGUGGACUGAGGCAGCGAGGCCCGGUGGAGUGGACACCGUGGUCCCACUGUCUCAGGAUGAAGCCACAGAGGGCACCAUGUCAUCAGAGGCUCUCCCUCUCAUCUUCGAGCCUUUUGAAGACGUCACAUCAGACGGGGCACAGGCGGAGGCAGCGGUCACGCUGGUGCCCGGCAGCGCUCAGCCUCCCGCUGCCGUGCCUCCGUCAGAGGUGGACCUGGACCAGCUGGACGCGGUGGAGACGGACAGCGACGGUCCCUCGCGUGCCCCGCCCCUGCUCAUGCCAGACUGGACUUCAACUUGGCAGACGUCUGGUGCCGAGCUGCUGGAGCCAAUCAGCUCGUCGGGUCCAUCUGUUUCACCGCGGCACGCCGGAACCGAGCUGGAGGAUCAUUCUGAGAGAGGUGCUGCGAGGACACUGAACAUCGAGGGGAAGUUGCCCACCACCGGCGGCCCCUCCUUCUCCUCCCUCCAGCAUGCUAUGACAACGGUAACCAUGGCAACCCAUCAUCCGGCGCACAAGUCCACAUCGGGGUUAGAGGAGAUGGAGUCUGAGGAGGAGAUGGAUGAAGAUGAGGACGAUGAGAACUCUGAGGAAUCGGUGGAGGACGAGAGCGACGAGGACCUGACAGAAACACCUAAAACAUCCUCGACGCAGCCUCCGUACAGCCUCAUCCCUCCGCCUCCCGUCUGGGUUCAACGCAACCAGGGGCUGAUGCGGAGCUGGGUCGAGCUGAUCAGAGAGAAGGCGGGUUACGUGUCUGGGAUGCUGGCCCCUGUGGGCAUUGGCAUCACCGGGGCCCUGCUAAUCGUCGGCGCCCUCUACAGCAUCAGGAUGAUUCACCGCAAAAGGAGAAACAGCUUCAAACACCAGAGGAGGAAGGUCAGACAGCCAGAGCAACCUCGAGAGCCCGGAACCAGCCGUCAGGACCAGGCCAUGCUGCUGGCUGACAGCUCCGAGGACGAGUUCUGAUGAGACCCCCCUUUUUUUUUUGAGGGGGCGGGGUCGUUGGUGACCAAUGGCUGACGCUCCCUGUGAAGGAGGUUCGGUCGAACACUCCCAUCGCUAUGACUACCGCAUCUUCAAUCACCCCAGGCUGUUUGGCUAUGACUCAUCUGAUCCACAGAGUGUGACAGAGUGUAGGGCACAAUUUACACAGGCUGCACAAAGGUCAGCUUUGUAUCCCCCCCCCCUUUUCUACAAGUACCAACGUGAGCACUUUUCUGAAUGUUGUCAGGUGAUGUUGACUGUAACAGGCUCCGGCGGGGGUGGUGUGAUGCACUUUGACGUAAAACAAACAAACAAAAAAAAAUAGAUAUAUUGUAAAAGUACAAGGUGAUAGCAGAGUACUGGCAGGAUGAGAGUGGUGCUGGUUGUCGGGGGGAAAGUGUGCGCCAGCGAGUUUCCUGUCAACUAAUAAAACAAAACAAAACAAAAAAAAAGGGCUGUAGAAGCGUAACAUUACAUAAACAAUGUAAAUAUGUGCAGUGUAUUCCUAAGCUGACUUGGAGUCAGUGGUGUGAGUGUAAAUAGGCAUUUUAUUUCUUGCUACACAUUUAGGACAUUAAAAGGAAUUGUUGAAACAUUUUGGGAAAUUUAAACUCACUGAGGAUUAGAGGAGAAGAUUUAUAACUCUCAUGUACUCGUUAACUGAAGCUAGCAGCCAGUUAGCUUAACUUAGCAUAAACCUAGCCGGCCGAGAGUCGGUCCGCAGGCGCCAAAGCUCACUCAUCCCUUUCUAUGGCAGUAGCUACUAGCUGACAUUGAGUUUUCUUACAUUUGUUUUUCGUUCCUGUUGACUUUAAACAAACUGUUUUAUGGUGAUAAAUAAGGGGGUUCGACUUUUCUGGAUGGAAGUGGGUGUAUUUUGUAGAAUUAUUAGACUAAAAAUGCAAAGAGAGCCGAACAUUUCUUUGCUGACAUUAAGGAGAGUCAUCGGACUAUCGACUCUUCAGACGCAAACUGUUAUUCAGGACAGGGAGAGCUGGUUAGCAUGCUAACUUCUGUAGAAAUCUCUGAAACACAGUGCUUAAACAUCUUCAAAAUAAUGUCCACACUGUUUCUUCACUGUAUGUUACAAUGUUUUAUCUGUUUUUUUUGCAAUGUUUUAAACUAAAAUUCUGGCCCUAUCUUGAAAAUUGCCUUUAAUCUGCAAAAAGAAAUGUAAAAACAAUUCACAGCUGACUGGGAGCCGUAACUUCCUGCUGUCUCACCUAGUUAACAACACUUAAUGAUGAGUGAGCUUCAGCUAAACUAGAUGUUUCCCCAAAUCCCCAACCAAGUCUUUAUGCUAAGCUUCGCUUCACCUGGCUGUAACAUUAGCUCGGACAGAUUAAAGAGCGGCACCGGUCUUAAAACAUAAAACUCCCGGCAGGAAAGCCAAUUAACCUGCUUCCCAAAAUGCUUAAACAUUCCCAUCGAGAUUCUCCAGCACAUUUUAGAAACAUUCACCUUACGGUUAAUUUCAAUUAACGCUUCGUUUAAAUGUGAAUUUUGUGGAAAUGUAAAUGUUUUAUUCAAAAGGUAUUUGUUCAUAAGUUACUGUGAGGUACAAAACGUCAUAAUCCUACAGAUGUUUGUAACAUAAAACAGAUGUUGAUGUACAGUAUGAAUUCCUUUGCCACGUGCAAGUUGUUUCUUUUAUAAAGUGCGCAUCUGUUCGUACACAGAGCUGUGACAGAGACUUCUCUGUUGGCUGGAGAAGCACAAACACUGAAGACGCAGAGGAAGAAGCUCAUUUUUUUUCAUUUUUUUUUUGUCGUUUUUAAUCAACUCAUUUUGUGCAAUAGCUGUUUUCAUGUGUGAAUCUGUUUCAGACAAAGGACAGAUGGACUACAGUGGAUGUUUUGGUCAACACGUCCGACACAAGAAUGUGACACCGCUGAGAAGCAGCGAGUCGUUGUCAGAUCGAGUCCUCACAUUUUUGUAGUUCAGUAAGAAAAGAUGGAAGAACUAUCUGAACACUACUCGUUCGUGACACCAACGACGUCUGUCUUUUAGAAAAAUCUAUUUUCUGUAACUUCAUGAGCCAUCUGUUACGCUUAAAGUACAACUGCCUGUUUAUAUGCAAUAAUACUGUUUUAGGGUAAGUGUGGUGUAAAAUAGUGGACACUUUUUUUGUCUCUUUAUGUAGAUAUGAAACCGAAUGUGAUGAAAUAAACGAUUCUUUUAGAUGUCUGAUUGUGACUCGUUCUUACUGUACAGCCCCGAGUGUGAGUGACGCUUUUAAGUUCAACCUUUUUUUCAGACAGAAGACACGAUCACCCAAGUUUACAGCAUUAAAAAAAUCAAAUAAUUUAUUUCUGUGUUCUUUUUCCACAUUAAAUAAAAGCUAUCGGACAUUUCCAGAUCAAAAUCAAGAGAGAGGGGACGGGGGGGGGAAGAGGAACAGGGGGAAACAGAAGUCUCGACAUGCAAAAAAAACCCUUUUGCUCUCCCCUUUUGCACACUUCGUGGAUGGCGGUGGAGGCGGUACUGUCCUGCCCCGAAAAGACUGCAGGAAGCCCCUGUGGUCGGUUGGUUGGUUGCAAGGGACCAAGAUAUAUCGUGUUUAUUUGACCAACACACUGGUUUCUGGGGGGUGAGAGGGGAUUUAUGAUUGUAACACUCAAUGUAAAGAUGGCAGACGUCGCCCCGGGUGAAGACAGAAAAGUAGAGAUGUGAUUGUUAGAAUGAGCCACCUGGACGUCCAGGAUCUGACAUCUGCGAACACUGAACUGGCAUGUCAAGUCAAAUCUUAUUUCCAAAUGCAUCGUGAGAGAGAGAGAGAGAGAGAGAGAGAGAGAGAGAGAGAGAGAGAGAGAGAGAGCGAGAGAGAGAGAGAGAGAGAGAGAGAGAGAGAGAGAGAGAGAGCUGAGUAAAACUAUGCAACACCACGAGCCGCGGCUACGAGGUGAUAUUGAUGACAAAGCCCUUCAGUCUGUGGUCGUGGUCUAAACGGAGCCCUCGGGCUCUUUGCGACAGGCUGUAAUGCCCAUAUACCAAAUGGAACUGCCAAAAAUUCACAUGAGUAAAACAACAAAGAAAAAUGAGGAAGAGAGCAAACCCUUUUCCUUCAAAAUCUUUAACACCUCCUCACACUGACAGCUGGUUUUGAAAGAGCGAGACAGGUUCAAUGUGUACGCUGUUAUCUUGUCCCGUCCGCUCAUCCGUCAGCUGUCACUGUGUGGAAGAAGAAAAAAAGAGGCCCAGACAGUGAGAGGAAACAGAGGAGGGGAAACAAGUGUCCAACACAGGGACAGAAGGUCUAAACCUCAAACAUAAACCUGGAGGAAGUUACACGGGGUGAUAAUUCAAAUAUAAACAGUGUCGGAUGAGCUGUAAAAAGUUAAUAGUUGGGUGUUCGGGGGCCAAGAACUGUUUUUUUUUUUCCCCCACAUGCCCUCUAUGAGCUGCUCAGAUUUCACUUUACACUUCUCAAUGGGGCCAAAGUAGCACAGAACAUAAAAAAUAAGAAUCAAAUCUGGUAAAUCAACCCAAACCGCCCCCAUCCCAACAGAUGAUUCACAAAAAAAAAAAAAAAAAAAAAA